AACGGAAAGCAACAACCCCAUAUCUCAUUCGAGUUCAGCGAGGUCGAGGAAGACAUCAGCAGGGACUGCGGCAGCAACAUCAAGCCAGGCAUGUUGAAGAAGAAGCGUUAUCUGAACGUUUUUCUCGGGAUGAACUCUCUUCUUUGGGUCGUACUGUGUGGAUUUCCCACAACAGAUGCCGCCUCUCACUCUCUCAAGUACCUCUACACUGCUGUCACAGCGGGUAUUGACUUCCCAGAGUUCACUGCUAUGGGUCUGGUGGAUGAUGAGCCGUUUACGUACUAUGACAGCAACAUCAGGAGGGAGACCCCCAAAACUGAGUGGAUAAAGAAGAAUGUGGGAGAAGAUUACUGGGACAAAAACAGUAUGGCAUCACUUAUGGCACAGCAGACCUUCAAAGAUAAUAUUGGAAUUUUAAUGAGGCGUUUCAACCAGACUCAGGGUGUGCACACUGUUCAGUACAUGUACGGCUGUGAGUGGGAUGAUGAGACCGGGGCCACAGGACUGUUUGAUCAGUAUGGAUACGACGGGGAAGACUUCAUUGCUUUAGACAUGGAAACCUGGAGUUACAUCACACCUUUGCGGGAGGGGCUUUUGAGUGCACUGAAAUGGAACCACUACCCAGAUGAGCUUGAGUACGAGAAGCAUUACCUGACCCAGGUGUGUGUUGAUUGGCUGAAGAAGUACGUGAGCUACAGGAAGAGCACUCUGGAGAGGAGAGUUAAGCCUGAGGUCUCUCUACUGCAGAAGGACACCAACUCUCCUGUUACCUGUCAUGUGACCGGAUUCUACCCCCGUGCCGUCAUGGUAACCUGGAAGAGAGACGGACAGGACCUAGAUGUGGACGUAGAGCUGGGGGAGACGGUGCCCAAUGGGGACGGAACGUUCCAGACCAGGUCUCACCUGCGCGUGAAGCCUGAGGACUGGAAGAGGAACAGAUACACCUGCACUGUGUGGCACAAGAGCCUGGAGGAUGACAUCAUUCUGCCUGUCACAGAGGAGAACAUCAAGAGCAACAAAGAGAUUAAGCCUGAGGUCUCUCUACUGCAGAAGUACACCUCCUCUCCUGUUACCUGUCAUGUGACCGGAUUCUACCCCCGUGCCGUCAUGGUAACCUGGCAGAGAGACGGACAGGACCUGGAUGUGGGCAUAGAGCUGGGGGAGACGGUGCCCAAUGGGGACGGAACGUUCCAGACCACGUCUCACCUGCGCGUGAAGCCUGAGGACUGGAAGAGGAACACAUACACCUGCACUGUGCAGCACAAGAGCCUGGAGGAUGACCUCAUUCUGCCUGUCACAGAGGAGAACAUCAAGAGCAACAAAGAGCCUGAGAGCUCCAUGGGCAUCAUCAUUGGCUGUGUGGUUCUGGGCGCUCUCCUCAUCAUCGCCGUCAUCGCUGUCGUCUUGUGGAAGAAGAGAACCUCAGGCUACGGGAAGACCAGCACCGCUGACACUGAUUCUGCGAACUCUGACCAACCUGCAGGAAAAGCCUAAGAUCAGUGAAGACUAAUGCACAGAGAGGAGCUGGAGCAGAGCUGCAGCAAGAGGAACAGACACACACACACACACACACACACACACACACACAGACACAGACACAGACACAGACACAGACACACACACGGCCAAAAUGAUUACCCCCCCUUGUGAAAUCAGACAAAACUAUUGUAUGUGUUUUGAAAGCAAAAAUAUGUUUUGAAAGCUAAUAUUUUUGACCACUAUACAAGUUUUAGCAAUAAUGAGUUGGGCAGAGUUUUAGGAAAAUAAUUCCUGGGGGGCUAAUAAUUUUGGCCUCAACUUUACAUGCAUACAUACACACCUGACAACUUAGGACUGCAUUUAUAUCUUUUACCAUUUUCUGAAAAUGCUUUAGAGUGAAGAGGGUAAACCCACCGCUGUGUAGCUCCUACCUGGGUGAUGCAUGGCAGCCAUUUUGUAUAUCUCCUACCUGGGUGAUGCAUGGCAGCCAUUUUGUGCUACAAGACUCUGCUGAUAUCAGAUGCAGGGGGGGGGGGGGGGGGUAGUAAUUACAGUCAAUUACUGCAGCAGGUGGGCAGAUCUUUUUGGAUAACCUGUAGAUUUUCUGCUAAUACUGUCACUGGAUUAAGGGUCAUUUAACACGAAAAUUGAGUGCUCAUGCUUAAUAUUCUCUUAAUUUUUCACUAAGUACAUAUUGGAUAGACGAGAGUGCUUGUGUUUAACUGUGUGUGUAAUGCACUGAAUAAUGAAAAUCAACUCCCAGCCCAAAACAGACAGGGACCCACAAUAGAACUGAAGUACAGACCAGCAGGAGGUGUCCAUUUUAACACGACACGGCUCUGUUGUAAUGUUCCAUAAUGAAGCAGGUAACAUUCAGCAGGUGCCUCUACACAAAUACUCAUUUACUUGCAGAUUAGACCACAACAAAACAUUUUGUAUUUGACCACACAAAUCAUUCUCCACUGUGACUCAUUGGUUUAUCAUAAAAAUGUAUUGUUUAAUAUCAACUUUAAACUGCAUUUCCAUGUAACCCGGAUGUAGCAUAAAGCACAUGAUUUCUAACGGGCAUUGUCAUAUGUUUCCCUGUGUCGGGAAAUUAUAUAAAUUUAAACGUUUUGGCUUCAGUAGAUUCCUGUGAUUCUAAGCCACCCUUAAUUAUCAGGCUAGAUAAAUGUGCUUAAUUAGUCAUUGAUAAAUGAGUAACAGUGGUUUUAACAGGGUGUACUGUGUAUUUAUACUUUUUGUACUAUUUGUACUAUUUGCACUGUCAGUAUAGAUGUUCACACAGUUUGCACAAGCUAUCAUAUUUUUUGUUACUGUUCUGUUUUAAAAUAUUUCAGUUGUUAAUAUUUUUCAUCUGAAGGGGUUUUUAAUUGACAAUUGAAUUCUAGGUUUUAAUAUUUUUGGAUGUAAUUUGGUGGUGGGUAAGAAAAUUUCAGAUUCUGAAGUUCAGAUGAGAUUGAAUCUGAAUGAAUUUUUCUUUAGAUUCAAAGUCAGUAUGAUAGAUUUUGAUAUUGUACCAUUUGAUUGUAUGACAAAAAAUAAACAUGAAAAAUCACAAGGUUAGCUUGAUGAAAUUGAUUGACAUUAACAAGUAUUGUUUUAAGUUUUUUCAAGUGUUUGUGAAAUGACCUGAUUAAAUAAAGGGGAGAAACUGUUUUAAA